UUUACCACCUUUGAUUUAAAGGCAAGGCUGCGAGGAGGCAACACAUAAAAUACAGUUUAAUCAACGUCAGGAUAUGUGAAAAGUCGUGUUAAUGUUACACACGGACGAAGAAAACGGCAAACUAUAAUGUACGUAGCUUUACUAGCUAGUUGGCUAAGGUACACUGAAGUUGAAUACGUUUAAUUGUAGCACUCAGCGUUUCUCUGCACCUAAAUGGAGGAAGGAAGAGUCAACAGAAGGAUCCGUGUUUACGACCGCCGCUCUGAAAACAAGCAGCAAGUUACGGGGAAAUUGCUGGAAACAAGUGGUUUGGACUUCAAUGGCUUUCUUCAACUUCUGCACCGGAAAUUUGCAAUCCCUUUACAUGAAACAUUUGUGUUGGUCACGACGGACAGAACAGUCCUGGAUUUUGACAAAUUUGAGAAGCUUCAGGAUGACAGCACCCUCCACUUGUUGCAACGGGAGGACCAAGCUCUGGCAGUGGCAACAGAGGAGCCCAUCACGUUUAAGCCUCAUUAUAAUACGUUGAUCCGGAGUGGAAUGUAUGAGUACUACGCUAGUGCGGGCCAGAAAUCAUUGCCAUACGCACUUGCUGAGCUGAUCGACAACUCUAUUUCAGCCACAGCUAAAAACACAGGAGUGAGGAUGAUAGAAAUAAGGAUGAUGUUUGAUGAAACUCUUGGGAAACCUGCAGUGAUUGUCUUAGAUAAUGGGUGCGGGAUGACCUCUAAACAGCUCAAUAACUGGGCAGUGUACAGACUCUCUAAGUUUUCCAGGGAAAACAGCACAUUUGGAAGUAAGCAAGAGGGGUAUGUCCGGCCUGAUUCUGUCCCUCGUAGUCUCAACAGUGAUAUAUCCUACUUUGGAGUUGGAGGAAAACAGGCUGCUUUCUACAUCGGAGACUCAACCAGGAUGAUCACUAAACCAGUUGGCUCCCCAGAUGUUCAUGAGCUAGUUCUAUCCAAAGAGGACUUUGAGAGAAAAGAAAAGAACAAAGAAGAUAUUUACAGUGGGACCAUUAAAAACAGGAAGGUUGGUGACUCUUCACAUGUGAAUAAAGAUGAUGAGCACUUCCUCCAUUCCCUUAUCGCUGAGGAAUCUGGAAAGGAAAGCUUCACAGCCGUGAUCAUUAUGGGAGUCUUGCCCGAGCAUAUAAAAUUUCUGAAAGACGAUUUUGCAGUGUGGACCAGACAGCUAGCUCACACAUAUCACUAUUACAUUCAUGGAGCCGAUGGAAAGAACAUGAGUAGCAGCUCUACAUAUUCAGAUCAUCUCCCUAACAUUGACAUUCAGAUCACUCUGCGGGAGAAGCCUCCCAGAUGUCCCCGUGCGAUGAAUCUUAGGGAAGUUGAGAACGACAUGCAGACUCUGUACAUAAAUGCUGCUGCCGACACAUUUGAGUUUAAGGCCUACGCUGAACAAAACACUGGCACGGUGGAGGGAAUUAUUCGUUAUCAUCCCUUCCUUUAUGACAAGGAGACUUACCCUGAAGACCCUGAUGCUGCCCAAGCCUCUCUUGAUGAUGACAACGAUGAUAAUGAGUCAAGAGUCCUGCAUCAGGCAAGAAGGAAAAGGCCGAUAUUUAACUGUUUCUGGAAUGGACGGCUCAUACCGUACACCACCGUAUCUGAGUUUGACUGGUGUAGUCAGAGUAAAGGAGCAAAGGAACUUGCAGAGUGUUACAGUCGGGUGUCAGGGGUGCUUUUCACUGAUGACAGAUUUAUGGUCAGCACGAACAAGCUCACCUUCAUGGAGCUGGAGCUGAUACUGAAGAACAAGGACACUAUCUUCACACGAAUUGUUAAUGGACAGUGUCCACAGGAAAAGAAAAGAUCUGCACUUACCUCCCUCCCUGAUCAAGUGAGCGAGAGUGUAACAGAGACAAAAGAUCAGUCAGAGAGAACAGGGCGGCUGCUACAUCCAUCCCUAAUCAAGAAACAAAGAGGUAACAUUCAGAAGGAGUUUACGCAGUGGCUAAAAAACUGUCACGAGAAGUGGGACAAGCAAGUUAAGUUCAUGGGCUAUAUGGAGACCAUAACAAGAACAGAUGUGCCUGUCAAGAGAGAUCAGUAUCCCUGGGCGACAUUCUCCUCCAUCGAAUGGGACGGCAACAUUUACAAAACGGGCCAACUUGUUAAGUCUCAGAAAACACUGCCCAUUCUGUAUGGUAGCGUGGUUCGUUUUUUGCUGUAUGGGAAACAUGACGGAAAUGUCUUUGCCACAGGGGGACUGGUCGAAGUGGCUCUGGAACCCAAAGCAUUUCACGACAAGAUCAAGACCAUAGCCAUUUCCAAGAUUGACAAGAGCGCCACUGAUGAAGCCAUUCAGAAAAACAUCGACAAAGACUUUGCCAAGCUUCCAGAGAUUCUGAAAGUGGACUGGCCAGAAGGUAACCCCUGGCCACAGAAUGCUGCUCGUAUGGCUGGGACUCCGUUCGGGCCAAUCAAAAUCGAAAUACUAAACAAGAAAGGAGAGUCUUUAUCCAAGAUGCCAGCAGUGGGCCAGGGAGCAGGGAAAAAACUGAUUAUUGAACUCAAAGUCGUUCAGCACAGUCCUAAAGGAGAUCAAGAGGUUGUCUCUUUUGUUGGCCAACAUUCACCGAAGUGGGGUUUCUGGUUCAAAAAAAUUGAUAAACUGACCGACCUAGGGAAGUAUACUCUGUCCCUGAACACUAUGUUAUUUGAAAGUAAUGCUACCGUCUUUGGAGGGAAAAAGCUUCCAAGCUACAAACUCAACUUCACCAUCAGCGAGGGUAGUGCUGAGACUUUCGUUAUCAGUGCAGUGAGCCCCUCUCUUUAUGUGGGAGUGCCAUUCAACAUUCCUCUGCUGCUGAAAGAUGGUUAUGACCACCCUGUGAUGUGUCCUCCUGAUCUUAAACCUGUACUCACAUGCAGUGGCCUGGACCUGAGUUACGACAGAGUGGACAGCAGUGGGACCACGUUCACCAUCAUCGGUGUCAAAGCAAGAGGAAAACUCCUGAAUUACCAACAAUCAAAGACAUAUGAGCUGAGAGUGACCAUGCCUCGCCUGAAGAAAGACACACAGACAGUCACGAUCAGUCUUCUUCCUGGUAAUCCACAUGCUCUCCAUGUGACACCAGAUGACAACCCAAUCACAGUCCAGAAUGGAAACCCUGUCAUGUUUAAUGUUGAAAUUCAUGAUGAGGCUGGAAACAUCACCGCUAACCCCAAACAGAUUGUUCGCUGCCAGGUUCAGGGGUUUCCACUGGUGGCAACUGACUGCAGCACCACCGGAGCCGGACAGCUUGUGACAAAGCCCAUAAACCUGAAAAUGAUCAAGGGAGAACCACAAAACCUCAAAGUUAAUUUUGAGAUGCCUAGUCAGAAGAAGAUGGCUGUGGUUGUGAGGGAGCUGAAGGUGGUGCCCAGCACAAGAGUCUCCCGCAUGGAGCUCUGCAGUGAGGAUGAUGAGAAUUUGAUGCUAAGGAACAACGAAAAGAUAGAGUGGCUGGCUGGAGGCUUGCUGGAGAACCUGUUCUAUAAGUUGUAUGAUGAGGCUGGCAGAGAGGUACCUCCCACUGCUCCAAUAGCCUCCAAGAUCAAGGUUAACUGGACAGGAGAUGUAAAUCUGGAGGAUUUGCUCCAGGGCAAGCUGCCUGACGUACAGGUGCCCACGCAGGUGCAGGAAGCGCGCUUUUACCAGGUGUCCUACCAAGACCAGUGUGUGUCUGUCUCCUUCAACAUAGUGCCUCGUCCAGAUGAACCAACACGACUGAAAGCAACUCUACUCCAAAGCACACUGAAGCUGGGUGAAAUCCUACCUGGCCACAUCAACUUGGAGCUUGUGGACCAAUAUGAUAAUGCAACCAAGACGCUUACCUCUACCUGUAAGAACCAUAUGACUGUGGAAGCUGAGGGUCUGGACAAAUCGGCUGUCGUCUUUAGAUGGCAGGCGAGCAGCAGUUCUGUUCUGGUUACGGGGGUGCGGUUUCAGUUCGGGACUCCUGGCCACAGAGAGAUGUGCUUCACCUACAAGAGUUAUGUGGAGCGCAUCAUAGUUAAAGUCGUCGCUGGCAUCCCUGCGCAGCUUAAAUUAGUCAGCGGGCCAGAGAAGCCUUUGCAGGUGUUGAAUGACCAAGGCAUCGCCACACCGUUCCUCGUCCAACUGUGUGAUGAGUGGGGAAACCCCACUACAGACCAGAGGGUGGUGGUAGAAUUGAAAUCUUCACCCCUGACACUAAAGGUGACGACAGCUGUUACAUCACAACCCGUGAACGCAGAAGGGAAAGCCUCUUUCACUGUUAACCGUUUGAGCGGACCAAAGGGGUACUAUCAGCUGGUGUUUAAAGGUUCCCUCAACCAAAAACCCAUCCCUGGUCCAUCAGUGAAUCUCACUGUCAUCCCUGAUCCCACCAAACCUGUCAGCCUGUCAGUGGAGUAUGACACCAAUGCCAAGCUUCCUGCCGGAGGCAUCCUCCCAGUCUUCUCAGUGACCGUGGUGUCUGAUGAAGGAGGCCCGAUUACGACUUUUAAGCCCACUGCUGUAUCCAUGUUUCUGUGGAAGGGAGUGCCAUCAGGAAAAACACCUCCACAAACGGCCAUUGAGCUGAAGUGUAGUAAACCCAUGGAGAAUGAAAGGAAUGACUGUUUUCAUUUCAGAGAUAAAGAGAUCCCAGAACACAUUGGAAAGCACACCAUCCAGUUUUUUCUACGAAUAAACAAAACAAAUGUCCUGUACAGUAAUCAGAUUGCUAUACAUGUGGUGGCCAAUCAACCUGUCAAACUGGCACCCGACUCUCAGCCACCAACCCCAGUUGUUUCCUACAGUGAGGUCAUUGCCAACCGAACUUUGGUGGAGAAUAUGACCCUGAGGAUAAUGGAUUCAUAUGGAAAUCCAGCGGGACAGGACCUGGAGGGGAAGGUGGUCAUUUCUAUAAAGAACUCUAGUGAAGAAGGCAACAAAAGCCUCCCUCUGUUUGAAAGCAAAACCAACAGCUUUACAAUGAACUUGGUAGAAGGAAAGGCCCACAUCACUAGGCUUGCUGUCAUGGAGAACAGCCCCGGUGAGAAUGGAAGUACAUACGUCCUCCUCUUCAACCCUCAAGUGUCAAUGGUCCCCACGUCUCUGGCUCCCUUUGAGCUCCCCUUCCGUUUUUUCAAUGAUGCAGAGAACCAACGGAAAAUGUCUGAGCUGUCCAGGAAGAAAGAUGAGCUCACUACUGCUCUUGCCAAAUAUUCAGAAAAUUUUUCUACAUGUAGUGAACUUCUUCGUUUACUGACCUCUCAUCACUUGGUUGCAAGUAACAAAGAAGCUGACCUUAGAAAUGAGCUGAACAGGAGGAAGGUGGAAAUAGCACAAACUAUCCCAGAUAUUGACAGACUCCUAAACCAAAAGAAGAUGGAAGCCAACCGUGUGCUACAUACACCCAGAAGAGUUUGUUCCCUCCGUGAUCACUUCUGCGGGCAGCAGGAUGUUUUGGGAAUGGUUGGCCACCUGGCCUUUGUGCAGGACGAUGAUGCUGCGAGGGUUAUCUCCUGGCAUAUCAGGGGUGACAUGGAUUGUGUCAUCACCAAAACGACCGAGGCAGCAAUGAAGAUCUUUGGCGACACUCAGGGCAGCCAGCAGGUCAUGGCCCUUGACAGUGUUUAUGUAACACCAGGCAAAAGGCCGAUGCCACACAUAAGAAAUGGCCGCAUGCUCUUCGAUCCCCCUGGGAAUCCAGUCCUCGCCAGAGAUCUCCUGAUCUUCACCCGCGACCAGGAGAGCUGUAACAUUGCUUUUAAAAGCAUCCUAGCAGACACAAUUCUGAUUGAUGACCUGAACUCUGGAACCAACUACAGAAAGGCGGUGGUACAGAAUAAGAUGCAGUGUCCCACCAUCCUGACCAGGCAGGGGGACAGGAUCAGUGCCAGGGGCAAGUUUGGAGGCACACAGAACAAAGCCCCAAUGAAUAUCACAAUGGUGUUUGGAGCCCCCCUUCCACAACAUUACUACACUCUUGUGGAACACAUAGACCUGAUCAGCCAGCACAAGUUAGCUCUGGAGAAGAGGGAUGUGACAGCAAAGACGCGUGACGAUCAUUUAAAAAGCAUGAAGUCGCCUGAAAUGCUACAAAAGCGUCAAGAAAUGGAGGAGAAAAAGAAACAGCUGGAGGAGAUUGAGAGACAACUUGUGUCAACCCCAGUAAGACCAGUGAAACGGGGUCUUGAGAAUGCUGGUGAGCCAUCCAGAAUCCUUGCAAAGAGAGCAAAGCAGAGAUCCAUAUGAGAAGUGGUCUAUAGUUCAACCUGAUAUAUUGAGCACAAAAUUCUUUUUUACCUCUUUUUUAUGUUUGAGUUAAUUAAGUUGUUGUAAUUGAUUUGUGUUUGUACAGAUUUGUUUUUUUUCUAUUGUUGAACACUUGUUAUAUUCAAAAUUGCAUGGCAAAAUAUAUCUCAAAGAACGUUUUGAUUUUUUUUCUAUAAAAA